UCAGGGUUCAAACAAGAAUCACUUGAAAAUCGAACAGAGGUCUUGGCAAAGAAGCAGCGGCCAUCGAUAUCCAUACAGAACCUGGUAGAUGUUAGCCGCUUUAGCAGUUUAACACUAUUGGUCAAGACAAUUGUUUGGGUUUGGAGAGCAGCAAAGAGAUUUAUAGGGAAAAAUCAAGCUGUGAAUAAACCAAAGUGGGAGGCAGUCUGCUCUGCAGGGGUAGUCUCUGUGAGAGAAAGAGAAGAUGCUCUCAGGGAUAUUUUCCUUACUGCUCAGAUGGGUGCCAACUUUCCUAACACAACCAUGGAUAGGUUGGUGAUUUAUCAAGACAAAGAAUCUGGGUUAUUAGUAUGUGGUGGCAGAAUACAGAUCUUUAGAGAAGAUAGAGUUGCAGUUCCCAUCAUACCCCAUGAUGCUUGGGUGUCAACACUGUUGGGCAGAGAAGCUCACAAUGCUGCACAUGAUGGAAUUGCUGGAACCCUAUUGAGGAUGAGGAAAAAAGCCUGGGUUGUAAAAGGACGAAGGAUAGCCCAAAAGAUUGUUGAUAGCUGUAUGGUCUGUAGGAAAGCUCGAGCUUUGAAGUGCCAGCAGUUGAUGGGUGAUUUGCCACCUGAGAGAACUGAGCCUGCUCCUCCUUUCAAGUUCACUUCAGUUGAUCUCUUCGGACCUUAUCAUGUCAGAGAUGACGUCAAAAAAAGGGUGACAAUUAAGGUCUGGGGUGUUGUCUUUUGCUGUAUGGCCAGUAGAGCUAUUCACACCGAAUUGGCAAGCUCUCUUUCCACUGAAAGUUUCUUGAUGGCUUAUCAGAGAUUUACUGCAAUCCGAGGUCACCCACAAAAGAUCUGGUCUGAUGCAGGCACCAAUUUUGUUGGAGCAAAACCAGUUUUAGAGGAGCUCUAUAGAUACCUGGGCACCCAAAAUAUAUCAGGUUUGGAAGAAACUGCAGCAAAGAAUGGGACUGAGUGGGUGUGGAAAAUCCUUCCUGCAGACUCACCUCACAGAAACGGAGCUGCUGAAGCUGCUGUUGGCAUUGUGAAAAGAACUUUCCAGAGUCUUGGUCAAGAAUUCUCACUAACUUUUAGUGAGUUUCACACAGCUCUUUAUAAUGCUGCCAAUCUAGCAAAUGAGCGCCCCAUUGAUGCCAGACUACAGAGUCGAGAGGGUUGUAUUCAGUAUGUCACACCUAACAGCCUUUUGCUCGGCCGAGCAUCCCAGACAGGUGAUGUAAAAAUGUUUGACUUUUCCAGCUAUUCAUUCAAACGACUUGGCGCUAUGCAAAAUGAGGUUACUAAAUUCUGAAAAGUUGGAGGCAGCUGGCUGGUCCUAAUCUUUUUGUGAGGAGCAAAUGGCACACUUCCCAAAGAAAUGUUGCUGUUGGCGACAUUGUCUGGUUGUGUGACCAAAAUGCACUUAGAGGACAGUUUAUACUGGGCAAAGUUGUAAGUGCUAAUCCCGACAACAAGGGUGUUGUGAGGGACGUAAAUGUCCAGGUUGUCCCAAGUUAUUGCACUCCUAUAACAAAACAUGUCAAGCAAAGAUCAGCUCAUCCACCAAAGAAAGAUAAAAUGAAAACCACCAUUCUUCACAGGGAUGUUAGGAGGCUCAUCGUCUUAAUACCUGUAGAAGAACAAACACAAAGUCAAGCCAAAGAGGAUUAAAAAACCCAGAAAGUGACAGUGGAUCUGCGAUCUUCCCAGUGAUUCCUGGAAAGAUCGAGUGGGAGGUGUGAAGUCAAAUUGGAAAAAAAAAAAAAAAAAAAAAUGCGCUCAUUGUGUUCCACACGGACUUAAAUGAGGGACGGACAACGCGGAAAAGAAAGCGGAAAGCGGAAAAGAAAGCCAGACAAAGAAAUCGGGAGUUUGUGGACCCUUUCAAUCAAAGAUCCUGGUCGAGUUGCAGAUCUGGAUGAACUUGUAGACGAGCAGAGAGACAGCCGGUUUUUACCUGCUCUGGACCAAAUGUGGAAUAUUCUGACAUGCACUAAAUAAAUGAAGGAUAAAAAUGAAGAAAACUGCUUGGUCCUUUGAGUAAAAUCCUGUUUUUAAAAAGUCUGCAUCCAUUCAUCCAUCCCUUCUCAAGUGGGGAAGCUGCACAAAUCAAAAAGAACUUGACACAAC